GCCAGUCUGAGGGUUACGUUGUCGGGGCGCGCCCGGAAGCCGCAAGGCCGAGGCGGCUCGCAGAUCGCAGUGCUGCGGAUAAAUGGCCGUGGGCUGCGGGCGGCGAGAUGUCGCGUUCUGCUGUGAGCUUGGGUCUGCGUCCUGCGGCGUCUCGGUGCGUGCGUCGAGUCUCUUUUGGCUUCGCUCCCCGGAGCCGACUGCAGAGGAGGACACCUGCGUGUCCGUCUCCGUCUUCCGCUGCUUCCCGCAGCUGCCUGGGUCCCAAACGAGAGCCAGGUGAUAUUUAACUCUGCCAUCUGCGUUUUGAACACUGUUCUCAUAAUGGAGUUUCCUGAUUUGGGGAAGCAUUGUUCAGAAAAAACUUGCAAGCAGCUAGAUUUUCUUCCAGUAAAAUGUGAUAUGUGUAAACAAGAUUUCUGUAAAGAUCAUUUUAUAUAUGCUGCACAUAAGUGUCCGUGUGCAUUCCAGAAGGAUGUUCAGGUCCCGGUAUGCCCACUCUGUAAUAUCCCCAUCCCAAUAAAAAAGGGACAGGUCCCAGAUGUGGUGGUUGGCGAUCACAUGGAUCAAGACUGUGGCUAUCAUCCUGGGAAGAAGAAAGAGAAGAUUUUUACAUACCGGUGCUCAAAAGAGGGCUGCAAGAAGAAAGAGAUGCUGCAGAUGGUGUGUGCCCAGUGCCACGGCAACUUCUGUAUCCAGCACAGACAUCCCCUGGACCACAGCUGCAGGCACAGGAGCCGCCCCACCAUCAAAGCCGGGUGAAAAGAGACUCAGCUGUGAUGGCGCUGGCUCGGAACACAUGGUAUUGUACGUGGAACCAGCUUAGACUCUAAAGUGGGGAGUGGAGCGACACCGAGCACCGUCCCACACUGAACUGCUCAUCUGAACUGUUUGUUGGGUAGAUGGGAAUAGAAUAAAAUUGAAUGCUGAAGUUGA